UCUGAUGCCAUGAGUGACGCUGCAUCCAUCCUCUGUUGCAAACCAUGCGCUGCCUGUUGAGCUCUGCUGGUAUGAACCAAUGGAAAGGCGCGUGCAAGGGUCUCAAAUGUGGAUUUGCACCAUCAAGAUGGCUUAUUUGACCAAAUCUCUGAUUUUACUUUUGUUUCUGUUUGUUACCCAUGAGUGCCGUAAAUACAGCCACCGGGUGCGGAGAUGGAGCAGCGCUGUGGAGACUCAGAAGCAUGCCAACUCUCUGGCAAAGAAGCCUCCAGAUGUGACCAAGUCUCACAAAACCAAGACAGAGCAACUGCUCAAAGUAGACGAUCAUGAUUUCACCAUGAGACCAGCAUUUGGAGGUCCUGCAAUCCCUGUUGGAGUGGACGUCCAGGUGGAGAGCUUGGACAGCAUCUCUGAAGUUGACAUGGACUUCACCAUGACACUAUACCUGAGGCACUACUGGAAGGACGAGCGCUUGUCGUUCAUCAGCAGCACCAACAAGAGCAUGACGUUUGACGGUCGUCUGGUGAAGAAGAUCUGGGUCCCUGAUGUCUUCUUCGUCCACUCCAAGAGGUCCUUCAUCCACGACACCACCACCGACAACAUCAUGCUGCGUGUCUUUCCUGACGGACACGUCCUCUACAGCCUGAGAGUGACAGUGACAGCAGCCUGUAACAUGGACUUCAGCCGCUUUCCUCUUGAUUCUCAGACCUGCUCACUGGAGCUGGAGAGCUAUGCCUACACAGAUGAAGACCUCAUGCUGUACUGGAAGAGCGGCGAUGAGUCCCUCAGCACUGAUGAUCGCAUCUCUCUGUCACAGUUCCUCAUCCAAAAAUUCCACACAACAUCUCGCUUGGCCUUCUACAGCAGCACAGGCUGGUACAACCGCCUCUAUAUCAACUUCACAUUGCGACGGCACAUCUUCUUCUUCUUGCUGCAGACGUACUUUCCUGCCACGCUCAUGGUCAUGCUUUCCUGGGUGUCAUUCUGGAUCGACCGGCGAGCUGUGCCAGCCAGAGUUUCCCUGGGCAUUACUACUGUGCUGACUAUGUCCACCAUCAUCACUGGUGUGAAUGCAUCCAUGCCUCGUGUGUCCUACAUCAAGGCUGUGGACAUUUACCUGUGGGUCAGCUUUGUCUUUGUCUUCCUGUCCGUGUUGGAGUAUGCCGCGGUCAACUACCUGUCCACUGUCCAGGACCGACGAGAACGCAAGAUGAGAAUGAGGGCCCGAUCUCAGUCACUGCCCUGCACCUGUGGCAUCUCCCAGACACGAACCAUGAUCAUGUUAGAUGGCACCUACAGUGAGGCAGACACCAACAGUCUGGCUGGCUACACUGAGGAACCCAUGGAGGAACAGGAAGAGGUUCCGAAGAAUCCUGAACACAUGGUGGUCCAUCUAUCAGUGAGCAGUGAGUCGACCACCACCACCACCAAGAAGAAGAAGAGCUUGCGUACCAUCAGCAUCAUUGAAAACACACACGCCAUUGACAAAUACUCCCGGAUGAUUUUCCCUGGUUCAUACAUCUUCUUCAACCUCAUCUACUGGUCUGCCUACUGCUGAGAGACCCUCCUGAGGCAGAACUUAGAGACGUAGAUCCAAACAAAUAAAGACUGUACAAAUGCUGGAUGAAAAUGGAAGAUUUCUGGAUACAAUAUGUCUGGUGCUAUUAGAUUUAAUACCUGAUACUGCAGAAUGUCAUGCUUUUCACUUUAGCACCCAUGUUAUCAGGUCAGAGUAGCCACACUGCUAUAAUGGUUCAAAAAACACAGUGAAAGUGAUCUUUGACCACAGCUUCGAUGUCUAUACUGUACUAGAAUGUGUCACAAACAUAAAUAUA